UGUCUGUCUGUCUGUCAUUUGUUUCCUUAUUUAUUUAUUUCUUACUUUUUUUAACCUAAGUUGGGUCGAACUGUGUCACCCUAUGGCAGUGAAGUCAAACUCAUUUUAAUUCAUUUCAUGCGAAUGUGGUUUGGAAGAAACAAACCCUCCAACACGCGCUCUAAACUUUCAUAUCCUCAGAGACCUCUUAACCAGACUGAACAGACUGAACCAGUGACAGAGCUCAACACCAUAGAUCAAAUGUAUGUCAAUGCGGGACCAUCGGUUUAUCCUGGCGGGUGGAACAUAUCUGAAAAUAUUUACAAUAAUGAAGAUGUGAUUCAAACUUUGGAGGCAAACAGGAGUGGAGCUGCUGUCUCAGGUGCUGGAUCAGUAAAGAAGACCUCUUACAGAGUUGUUGCAGUGUUUCUGGGUCUGCUGUGUCUUCUCCUGGCUGGAUUCAUAGCGAUGGCAUUAUUUUUCAUCCAAGGCAAUUCUCAGCUGCAAACGAAGAUGGACCUGUUGCAGACCAGUUACGACAACCUGACUAUAGAGAAGAAUCAGUUACAGACCAGCUACAACAACCUGACUAGAGAGAACAAUCGGUUACAGACCAGGUACGACAACCUGACCAGAGAGAAAGCUGAACUGCAGAUGACAUUUGAUGACAUGACCAAACAGAGAAAUGAUCUUCAGAGAAUUUUUCAAGACAGUCAACAACAAUGGGUGUGCUUUGGUGGUAGUUGCUACUACAUUUCUCGAAGCACAAAGUCCUGGCAAGAAAGUAGAAAUGACUGUCAGCAGAGAGGAGCAGACCUGAUCAUCAUCAACAGUCCAGAAGAACAGGAAUUUGUAAUACAGUUGGAAAGGUCCACAUGGAUUGGACUGACUGACAGAGAGAGAGAAGGGACAUGGAAAUGGGUGGAUGGGACUCCACUGACCACAAGGUACUGGGCCCCUGGUGAGCCAAAUGGUUUCCCAAACAGAGAUGAAGACUGUGCAGAAAUAACCAUCCACCAAUUACAGGAAUCACAAAACAGAUGGAAUGAUCUCUCCUGUGACGAUAAAAAAUCGUGGAUCUGCGAGAAGAAACUUACUCCAUAAAUCAGCAUCCAGACAGAUAAGUUAAUGAUAGAACAGUCAGGAAGUUCAUCUUCUCAACUGCAAUUGCUAAUACAAUCAUUAAUCAUAUAGAGCAUAGACACAUAUUCAUCUUCGCUCACUGUUUUUAACACUGAAAAUUGCUAUGCAUUAUUUUUUGGACUCAUCUGAACUUAACAUCUGAAAUAACUUUAUUCAUCAGUUUUACAAGGAAAUCUAGAUUCUACAUUAUCCUGUGAAAUCAGCUACAGGCAGGCUUGACAACAGCAAGCUGUUCAGCUGUCUUUGGGUAGUAGCAGCUGAAGUGUAACAAGUCUUGUUUAUUUUCUUUUUCAUGCAUGAUAGCAGUAAGUAAAACAAUGUAAAUACUAUACAUGACAAGAUGCAUGGUUCAUUAAACAUCUCAGUGUUUACUGUUGCUGAA